UGAAAGACGAGAUUUUAUAGAGAUAAAAUAAAAAUAAUAGAUACAAUAAAAACAAUAAUAGAGCUUUUUAAAUAAAUUAAGUGUUAAAGCAGCGUAAAGCUUUUAACUAUUUUUACUAAACCGGAACAAAGAAAGCCUUAGUGAUGUUGUCUAUAAUGCUAUCAAGAUUUCACCAUUAUCAUGGUUCAAAUAUAAUUUUAUUUGAAGAUAAUACAGUUGCCUAUCGAAAAGCCAGCUUUGCUCAUGGAUUAACGUUUAGUGAAAAGCCACUAUUACCUGGUGAAAUAUUUUUAGUGGAGAUAGAAAAGACUGAGCGCGGUUGGAGUGGACACAUGCGCCUAGGGCUAACGUUACUUGAUCCUCAAACAACCGCUCUUGGAGAUAAAGGCUUACCACAAUACGCACUGCCAGAUCUUGCCAACACAGGAAUGUCUUGGAUAUUUCCUAUUUCUAAAUCUCAAAACAAUGUUCUAAUAGAACUUAUAAAUCAAGGUGCAAGUGGACGAAGAGAUAGUGAACCAAGAGUAUCAAUUCUAGGAGAUGCACAUAAUGUUCAUACACCGCGAGGCUAUGUGUCUAAAUCGACAUUAAAACCACAGACUGUAUCAAUAAAUGGCACUCCUCAAGGAAUUCUCCCAAUGGAUGCUGGCAGUCGCAUAGGAGUUAUGUUUAUACCAUGUCCAAAGAAAAGUAAGGAUGAUCCUGACUUAGCCGAAAUGCAUUUUAUUAUUAAUGGUGAAGAGCAGGGUCCAUGUACAAAAGCAAUACCAUAUAAAAGAGGACCAUUGCAUGCAGUUGUUGAUGUAUAUGGAACAACAAAACAAGUUAGAAUCAUACAGCUAUAUGGAGUGAAAACCCUACAAAAUGUGUGUCGAGAUGCAAUCUUACAAUUUAUAAAAGGUAGAUCAGUGAAAACAUUACCUCUACCCCAGUGCCUAAAGGACUUUUUGCUCUCGUAGAAACUUCUGCAUCUCUUAAGUGAUGUUGUUUUCUGGUUUUGGGUGGUACAUUCCUGGCGAUUGAAUGCCACAAAGGUUUUAUAUUAUGUAAUUUUAUAUUUGUGUUUAUGCUCUCUAUAAAAUUAUUUUAUGAGGUUUUAUUAUGAUGGACAAUAUAUUAAAAUUAAACCUUAAUAAAAAUUAUCUGUUUACCCUCACUAGACAAACAGUUUGUUAAGGCUAUUUAUAUACUGGGUGGCCGAGAAGUUGCGUCCAAAGCUAAAAUUUGAUUUUGGCUCAUUUUAUUGGCCAAUGUUCUGGGAAAUUUUUAAAAAUAGUUAGAAGCCAUAGGUUCCCCAUUUUAUUUUAUGUUUUGAUACCUUGAACAUUUUCAUGAAUUUAGCUGGAGCAGUUAUCUUGAAGCUACGACUCAAUUCUAAACUAGUUCCGCAUUGUCUAAACUAUUCAUAGUUUCUUAUGUGGUUAUUGCAACUGUAGUUAAUAAUUAUCAACAAUAAAAUUAACUAAAAGUGUUCAAAAAAAUUAGAAAAAAGUCAUAAACCACAAUUAGGAGAAAAAAGCGGAAAAAAGGGGAAAAAAAACUAUUAUCUCCUAAACUACGCAAAAUCAUAGAACAUACAUACGGGUGAUAUAUACGGUAUACUUAUUUCAAUAAAAUAUUUAAGUGGUGGUGUUCCAUUCCCAAUCUGUGGUAUCAUUAAUUAACUAGCGGUAUUGAGCACUUUUCUUGGGAUGGGUAUAAAAUUUUAAACUUGCGUCAGGACACGUGGCCUGAUCAAAAAUUCGUAAAACACUCGUUGAAAUGAUGGAUGAAAGAUUUAUGCUUCUAAUUAUAGUUCGGCUAUUUCAACUUUACGGUCAUUGGACCAGUGAUUCAAUCAUUGUGAUUGCGUAGCCGCGAGGUCGAGGGAUCGAAUCUCAGCCCUGAAGUAUUUUUACAGUUUAUAACUGUUUUAUACAGUUUAUAUAUUAACUUUUUAAUGUAAAAAAAUUUGUAAUAGUUCUGAAGAGUUAAAUUUUUUAUGUAAUAUAGAUUGUCAUUUUUCACGUAAAUGCUAGUACUUUUAUAUUCACUUUUUCCUGCACUCCCGGAGUGAAACCCGUAUUUUUUUUAUAGUACCUAACCUUUAACCACAAACAUUUUUAGCUAUAUGACCUUAACCCUUUUCACAUGUGUUCGAUUGCAUAUAAUUUUAUGCAGAAAAGUUAAACAUCUCUUAGACUAAGGAUUGAUCCCCGCUGCGGUACAACUAGAUACCACAUUACCUAAGAACAAUAGCUUUUUCAUUUCGGCUACUAUUAGUUGCUUGUGUGCGUGGUGCUCUUUAAACUCAAUGGCAUCUUUCAAAUUUUGUAUCAUACGGUUAAUGUUAUUUAACAUUGAAAUUAAUUAAAAAUUUGACAGAACAGACCAUUGUCACAACGUCACACAUUUUUCGUCACGAGACUGGCUCGAGUACGCCUACGGACGUAGUAUUAGCUGCCGCACUUUAUGACAAUGCCUGCGCUAUCUAGUUGGAGCGCAGCGGAGACGAAUCAUAAAUCUAAGAUUUCACCAUAUUAUUAUUUGAUUUAUUCAGCUUAAGAUUAAUGUUAUUAUAGAGAGCAUAAAUAUAUAUUUUUUAAUUUAGAAUUAUGAUGUCUUAAUUUAUAUGAAUAUUUUUGACAGAAUUUUUCUCUAUUGUAGAAAAUGCUUACAUUUACCACGCAAUAACGUUAGAAUAUUUCUUUUAUACACAUUUAUCUAUUUGAACACACGGACUAGUAAAAAAAUAAGGACUCCGUGUCACCUGACAGUGUAACAGUGUAGCACCAAAACAAGCCGAUUAACGUGUAAAUACAUAGCCCCACGCACACACUUACAUUACUACAGGCCAAUAAGCGGCCAUUAUGGGAAUUGAUAUCGUCUGUGAUAGAUCAGUUUGCGUCUCAAUAAAAUAUUUUAAAAAUGUCAUCGUGCGUUGUGAAAACGUGUAAAAACAAUACUACGGAACAUGAAAAGUAAUUGUGGCCAUAUAUGACUAAUUAAGGGAGAAAAAAUUGUGAUAAGUAGUGGUAUCACUCGUAACCACACACACACACUAGCUUUAAAGUUGCCUCACUUGCUAAUAUCACGGCGCGGUGUAAUUCUCUUUUUACUUGUCCGUGUUUAAAAAUUGCAAGUGUUCAGAUUGUAUAGGAGUUUUGAUUAUCAUAAAAUUAUUGUUAAUGUUGAGGUCAAUUACAUAUACUUGUUGCAACAACUUAAUAAAUUCUUUGUUUUCCUUUAGAAUUAAAUUAACACUAUUGUCUAUUCGAGUUCAGUUUAUUAUUUUCUUUGAUAAACCUGAGUGCCGCAUAGUUCAAUAAAAUACUUUUAGAAAGGCUGUUUAUCCAGUGAUGUGAAACAUCAGGUUAAAUAAAUAAUAUUUGUUUUUACUGUAACUAAAAAUCACUUAUAAUUAUUAAUCCUUUUUAAAGUAUUAAUUACUAAAUAUUAAUAAAUAUACAAUACCCAACCCAAUAAGUAUACUAUGAAUUUUCAACUUCUUAUAAUACUAAGAUGCCGCAAUCGCUCGUCGUACCGCUUCGCUGCGGCCUAUAUUUGAGCGAAGCGAGGUAAACUAAGUCUGUGUACAAAAACAAAAGAAAAAUAACCCAAACAAAAACAAUAAAAUGAAUCUUUUGGAAUUUGGCGCCAUAUUUAAACAUGAGGAAUUAGCGCCUUAUUUGGUCACAUGAGAAACUAGUGCUGAUUUGCAAAUUUAAUGACUAAAAACCUGGCAGUCGAAUCACUCUCGAUUGAUAGCAGUGUUACAAAGUGUUUAAAACUUAUUGUGAUUUGAUCAAUUGGCUCAAUUUUUAAAUAAAUAUAAAUAGCGCGUGCUAAUUUAGAAUAAUUUGUAAAUCAUGUUUGUUUUUAAUUAUAAUAAUUGAAUCAAGUCGAAAUUCAAAAUUCUGUCUCGACAAUAACCUAGAAAAUUUCGAAAGCUUUCUAUGAGUUCAAUUUUUUUUUAAAUCGGUCCAGAAAUGGCCGAGAAAUUAUUUAACACAGAAAUCAAUCGGAGUCAGCCGGUGGGAGCUCUGCUCAGCUUCGCUCAGUUACUAAUAUCCCACAUUCAUCUUGAUUAUAUUUUUAAAUUAGUAAGCAACAUGUAAAGGUCAUUAUUUAAUCAAAACAAAUCUUAUAACUAUAUUUACAAUACUACGACUACAUAAAAUUAAAACUAUCAUUACGUGGAAGCGUACCAAGAAUACUGGCAGCAUUACCCCGUUGGAUAGCAAGGCUGAUCCGUUGACCGAAAUAGCUGCCAGCACUUGGGUUUCCAGUAAAUCAAUUUAUUAUUCUAUUUAAUCAAAUCUUUCAAUGUUAAUUAAAACAUAUGAUUUGUUGCAACAAAGCUAUGUAAAGCAUAUAGAUAUUUCUCUAAUAUCUUUGAUAUUUAAUUGGUAAAAUCUCAAACUUAUCGAAAGCACAAAAGAUUUAUCUUUCGACUCAUUUACGAUAUAUUUUUUUUGUAUAACAAAUUAAAAAGUGAAUAAAAAGCUAUAUAUUGAUUUGUAUAAUAUUAUUCAUUGAAUUCUAGUGUGUUGGUAGCAGUGUGUAUUAUUUUGUAGGAUAAUUGGACGUAGUUCCUGAAAAACGUUCCAAGCCACAAACAUCCCAUUUUAAGGAAUUCGUGUCUAAAGCUUUAUAAAUAUUAGUGUAUUCCAUCUACUAAGGGUUGAGCUACUAAGUCAUGAUGUCAUUUAAAGAGUGACAGUAGGGCUGCCAUUUUUUGUCAGUCCGUUAAUAUGAAUCACGUAACCAGUUUUGUGUUUGUGUUUCUUAUCUCAGUUUCGUAAUUAUUGUGGUUUGGAACGUUUUUCUGGAAUUACGUCCAAUUGAGGAAGAGGAUAUCUUGUACUGCUCACAAAGGAGUGCAAAGCUCCAUUCACCAUGUUUCCUGCAUUCACUCUUCUUUAAAUAUCACUCUCACACUUUCCAACUCUUGUAAACUUUGAACACAGACACACAAACUCAUAAAUAAGAGUAACAGACAGGCUGGCAACACUUAUGUGAUUCCUCGUGGGUUCACUUACUUUAUUAUGAUAUGUAACAUAAAAAAGUUUUAGAUAUAUCCUACGACAUAAUAUGAACUAAAACAUCAAAUUUCGAAUGAUAUCAGAGAACUGAUUAUGAGUGUGAAAACUGACAGCUAUUUUAUUGCCAAUGACAUUCUAUACAUAUGGACAUAUCAUUCGCAUUCUGAUAACGGAACGGCAAAAGUGUGCUUAAAGACAAUGUAAGCACACUUUUCUCCUUAUUCGUGUGUCAGCUGUGUGUCAAUCAACAAGCCUAAUUGUGCUAUAAAAGGUGCUUAAAUAAUACAUUAACGACUCAAAAAAAGAUGCUGUGAGUUAUUAUCGGUACGGUUAUUUUAUUUAUAUAAGAUUGAUGUGCAAAAUGCGGAAGUAAUCUAAUAACAGGUACAAUAUUAUUGACAAGUCCCCAGACAAGACCCGCUUGUCAGAAUGGGACAAUCGGGUUCUAAAUUCAAAAUACGCAGCUGAAACUGAAAUAGUGUUUACAUUGCUGCCUAUUGACCGAUAAUAUUUUAAACAACUGAGUAAACGGAGAAAUGUAUAGACCAUAGAUAGCUGUCAAAGGUUAUUAUGGUGUCAUUUGUGGCGUGUGCCAUAUUUCAACUUUGUUUUUGUAUGAGGUGCAAUGUCUAUAUUAUGUAUAGAACGUCAUUGCACAUUGCACUUAUUUUGAUUCUCUCCAAAAUGUUAUUGCUAUUGGUUUUAUUGUUUGUUUGCGAAAUUCAUAGCAUUAAUUUUUUUAUAUUAUAUUUUGUAUUAUUAUUAUGUAUAGAAUACUGUCAGACACAAAUAAAAUUUGAAAAACAAAAUUUUACGAACGAUGAGGGAUUCGCCCCCACGAACUCCGGCGUUCCGUGCCGGUGCUCUAACCAACUGAGCUAACCGUUCGAGUACCGCCUCGCUAUAAAAUUCUGUUUGCUUUGUUCAACUCUCAGGUUAGCUCAGUUGGUUAGAGCACCGGCACGGAACGCCGGAGUUCGUGGGGGCGAAUCCCUCAUCGUUCAUAAAAUUUUGUUUUUCAAAUUUUAUUUGUGUAUUAAUCCUAGAAGUGAGGGUUAUCACUUUAAAAACAUAACAUAUUGUUUAUACUGUCAGACCUAAAAUUUUAAUGCCGAGUUUUAUAAAUAUAUUAAGUACUGAUAAGAUAAUAUGUAAUGUAUACUAAAUCUGCGAUCAAAUAGUCACAAUAUAAAACAAAUUAUUUAAGUACAGUGCCUCCAAAGCUAUUUGCAUAUAUGUAAGUUAUUAUACUCGUAAAAAAAUUGUUUACAUUGGUACCAUUAAAAGUUAUAGUUUAUACAAUA